AGGUGAGUAUGUAGGAGACAGAUUUCAAUGUCUGUUGAAGGCCCCCCCCCCACACCCUCCUUCAGUGCCGGGGGCAUGGAGGGAUAUCUUGGGCUCCUGCUGUUUUUUAAAAUGAUGCGGUGAGAGUGUGUGCCUGGCAUCUGCGUGCUGCAGCAGUGUGGGGCUGACAGAGUGUGUCAACUUGAGCUCUGGCUGUGCAGGCACCGCUGCUGCGUGAGCCUGUUAUUCCAUUCUGGAUUGCUAUUUUGAUACCCAGAUUGCAUCAUUCUUCCUACGUAUAAACAGGGGGUCCCCAGGGCCCUGCAGCUACUCACUUCACCACCAACACUGUUGUUGUGAUGAGCUCUAUUUAAAUGAGCUGCCGGAUCGGGGCAGGUUCCAGCCACACAUGAGCACUGUCAUUUUGGGGAACAUGGAGGGCUGAAGGAUUUUUGGAUGGAGUCCUAAAAGGCUGAGAGUGCUGUCUCCCGAGCUGUGCAGAGGGCGACAGAGCUAGUUCCUGAAAGUUGAAAAUGUCGUUUUCUUCCUUCUGAGCUUCUAUUCCAAGGCACCCAGAGGAUUAGGAAGGAGAUGCAGCUAGGAAGAGAGUCGCCUCUUUGAGGUCUCCCUCUUGCUGUUCAGUUUGGGAAAAUUGCUGCAGAGCCUUCGAGAUAAACAGAAACAGGAGGAGUCAACCAAGCUCUUUCUUGCAAGAGUAUCUCAGACAUAUGAACAGGUAUUUAAAAUGCAAUGUGAUAUUCGUUGUACUGGAAGGAUGUUCAGGGUGCUGCGGGAACCCAGAAGAGGGACUAAUUAACUCAUCCCGGGGGAAAUUAAUCCUGCUGCUCAAAGGUGGAACAUUUGAACAGGUCAUUGGCUGGUAAGCCUGGUAUUUGGACUUACAUUUGUCUGACUAUAAGUCUGGAGCAACUGCCAUCAUAUCAUUCUUUCGUAUUUUGAAGAGGAGACAGAGGAGAUUGUAGCGGUACUGCUGCAUUCACUGCCAUAGCCAACCCUUUUCCAGAUCACCCUCAUCCCUGGACACAGAGCUCAUCUCCUGUCCUGGGUGUGAACGAGUAUAUCUUACCAGGGAUGUAACUGAACAUUUUUUUCUGCAUUGUGUUCCUACUGAGCAACCCAAGAUGGCCAGGAACUGCUCUGAGUGCAAGGAGAAGAGGGCAGCACAUAUCCUCUGCACCUACUGCAAUCGCUGGCUGUGCAGCUCUUGCACAGAGGAACACCGACACAGCCCUGUCCCCGGGGGCCCAUUCUUUCCUCGGGCCCAGAAGGGAUCUCCAGGAGUGAAUGGUGGUCCCGGAGACUUCACCUUGUAUUGUCCUCUACACACACAGGAAGUACUCAAGCUAUUCUGUGAGACAUGUGAUAUGCUCACUUGCCAUAGCUGCCUAGUGGUGGAACACAAAGAACACAGGUGCAGACAUGUUGAAGAAGUUUUGCAAAACCAGAGGAUGCUUCUGGAAGGUGUGACUACACAGGUGGCACAUAAGAAAUCCAGUCUACAGACAUCUGCAAAGCAAAUUGAGGACAGGAUUUUUGAAGUGAAGCAUCAGCAUAGGAAGGUGGAAAACCAGAUCAAAAUGGCCAAGAUGGUUCUGAUGAAUGAGCUGAACAAACAGGCCAAUGGGCUAAUAGAGGAAUUAGAGGGGAUUACUAAUGAGAGAAAGCGGAAGCUGGAACAGCAGUUACAGAGCAUCAUGGUUCUCAACCGUCAGUUUGAGCAUGUGCAGAAUUUCAUCAACUGGGCUGUCUGCAGCAAAACCAGUGUCCCUUUUCUUUUCAGCAAAGAGCUGAUUGUGUUUCAGAUGCAGCGAUUGCUGGAGACAAGUUGUAACACAGAUCCUGGCUCCCCUUGGAGUAUCAGAUUCACCUGGGAGCCUAACUUCUGGACCAAGCAGCUAGCUUCUCUUGGCUGCAUAACUACUGAAGGUGGACAAAUGUCCAGGGCAGAUGCUCCUGCUUAUGGAGGCUUACAGGGGUCAUCACCCUUUUAUCAAAGCCACCAGUCUCCAGUGGCUCAGCAAGAGGCUCUUAGCCACCCCUCACACAAGUUCCAGUCUCCAGCAGUGUGCUCCUCAUCUGUGUGCUGCUCCCACUGCUCCCCAGUCUCGCCUUCCCUCAAAGGCCAGGUCCCCCCACCCAGCAUACACCCAGCCCACAGCUUCAGGCAGCCCUCUGAGAUGGUGCCCCAGCAGCUGGGGUCUCUGCAGUGCUCUGCCCUGCUGCCCAGGGAGAAAGAGCUGGCCUGCAGCCCUCAUCCACCAAAGCUGCUGCAGCCCUGGCUGGAAACCCAGCCCCCUGUGGAGCAGGAGAGCACAUCCCAGCGGCUGGGGCAGCAGCUGACUUCCCAGCCCGUGUGCAUUGUCCCCCCACAGGAUGUUCAGCAAGGAGCCCAUGCCCAGCCCACCUUACAGACACCCUCUAUCCAAGUCCAGUUUGGCCACCACCAGAAGCUGAAGCUCAGUCACUUUCAGCAGCAGCCACAGCAGCAGCUACCACCUCCACCACCACCCCUCCCCCGUCCCCCACCUCCCCUCCCCCCUCCCCCACAGCAGCCACACCCACCUCUUCCUCCAUCCCAGCAUCUGGCUUCUAGUCAGCACGAGAGCCCUCCUGGCCCUGCCUGUUCUCAGAACAUGGACAUAAUGCAUCACAAGUUUGAGCUGGAGGAAAUGCAGAAGGACUUGGAGCUGCUUCUCCAGGCUCAACAGCCCAGCCUGCAACUGAGUCAGACCAAAUCUCCUCAGCAUCUUCAGCAAACCAUUGUGGGGCAGAUCAACUACAUCGUGAGGCAGCCAGCACCUGUCCAGUCCCAGAGCCAGGAGGAGACCCUGCAGGCUACAGAUGAGCCCCCAGCAUCUCAGGGCUCAAAGCCGGCUCUCCCUCUUGACAAGAAUACUGCUGCUGCCUUGCCCCAGGCAUCUGGGGAAGAAACCCCUCUCAGUGUCCCCCCAGUGGACAGCACCAUCCAGCACUCCUCUCCAAAUGUGGUGAGAAAGCACUCCACCUCGGUGAGCAUCAUGGGCUUUUCCAACACUCUGGAGAUGGAGUUGUCGUCUACCAGGUUGGAGAGGCCCCUAGAGCCACAGAUCCAGAGUGUGAGCAACCUGACAGCUGGUGCCCCCCAGGCAGUACCAAGCCUGCUGAGUGCUCCCCGCAAAAUGGUGUCCAGCCUGACAAGUGUUCAAAACCAGGCCAUGCCCAGCCUGACAACCAGUCACCUACAGACUGUGCCCAGCCUUGUGCAUAGCACAUUCCAGUCCAUGCCCAACCUGAUAAGUGACUCCCCUCAGGCUAUGGCAAGCUUGGCAAGUGAUCACCCUCAGGCUGGGCCCAGCCUAAUGUCUGGUCACACCCAGGCUGUGCCGAGUCUGGCAACUUGUCCUCUGCAGAGCAUCCCUCCAGUUUCUGACAUGCAGCCAGAAACUGGGUCCAGCUCCAGUUCUGGCCGAACUUCAGGGAGCCUGUGUCCCGGAGAUGGGGCUGAUCCCUCCCUGGAGAAUGCUCUGUGUAAGAUGGAAAGUGAGGAUUCCACUCGCUUCACUGACUUACUGGGACAAGGUCCCAUAGUCCCCGGUCUGGAUGCUCCCAAGGACUUGGCCAUCCCCUCAGAACUGGAGGAGCCAAUUAACCUCUCUGUGAAGAAACCUCCACUGGCGCCAGUGGUCAGCACGUCUACAGCUCUGCAGCAGUACCAGAACCCAAAAGAGUGUGAGAAUUUUGAACAAGGAGCCCUAGAGCUGGAUGCAAAAGAGAACCAGAGCAUCAGAGCCUUCAAUAGUGAGCAUAAGAUUCCCUAUGUGCGACUGGAGCGACUCAAGAUCUGUGCUGCCUCCUCAGGAGAGAUGCCUGUGUUCAAACUGAAGCCACAGAAGAAUGAUCAGGAUGGGAGCUUCCUGCUGAUCAUCGAGUGUGGCACUGAGUCCUCCAGCAUGUCCAUUAAGGUCAGCCAGGACAGACUGUCUGAGGCCACCCAGGCCCCAGGUCUGGAGGGAAGAAAGGUCACUGUCACUUCUUUGGCUGGGCAGCGGCCACCAGAAGUGGAGGGCACAUCUCCUGAAGAACACAGACUCAUUCCUCGAACCCCAGGAGCCAAGAAGGGCCCCCCAGCCCCAAUAGAGAAUGAGGACUUCUGUGCUGUUUGCCUCAAUGGUGGAGAGUUACUGUGCUGUGACCGCUGCCCCAAAGUGUUCCACCUCUCCUGCCAUGUGCCAGCCUUGCUCAGCUUCCCAGGGGGAGAGUGGGUGUGUACCUUGUGCCGCAGCCUGACCCAGCCCGAGAUGGAGUACGACUGUGAGAAUGCCCGCUAUAACCAGCCUGGAAUGCGGGCAUCUCCUGGCCUAAGCAUGUAUGACCAGAAGAAGUGUGAGAAGCUGGUAUUGUCCUUGUGCUGCAAUAACCUCAGCCUGCCCUUCCAUGAACCUGUCAGCCCCCUGGCCCGGCAUUAUUACCAGAUUAUCAAGAGGCCCAUGGACCUGUCAAUCAUCCGGAGGAAGCUGCAAAAGAAGGACCCAGCUCACUAUACCACCCCAGAGGAGGUGGUAUCAGAUGUGCGCCUCAUGUUCUGGAACUGUGCUAAGUUCAAUUAUCCUGACUCCGAGGUUGCAGAGGCUGGCCGCUGCCUGGAAGUGUUCUUUGAGGGCUGGUUGAAGGAGAUCUACCCGGAGAAACGGUUUGCCCAGCCAAGGCAGGAGGACUCAGACUCCGAGGAGGUGUCUAGUGAGAGUGGAUGUUCCACUCCCCAGGGCUUCCCGUGGCCUCCCUACAUGCAGGAGGGCAUCCAACCCAAGAGGCGGCGACGACAUAUGGAGAAUGAAAGAGCAAAAAGAAUGUCAUUUCGCCUGGCCAACAGCAUCUCUCAGGUGUGAGAGCCAAAAGGAGACUGGGCACUCUGGCAGCUGUUGUCCCAUACUGUCGACCAUUCCUCCCCAUCUUGCAGCUUAUCCUCUUCAGAGUGUGGAUGGUAGAUGAGUCUUGUUGAACUGUGUAGUGCUCUUCUUUGCCAUUUGCAUCUACAGCAUUUAUUUGGGAGCCGUAGUACAUCCACUACAGAGAAGAUUUCAGUAAUAAACAGGAAAGAGGAAGGUAUUUAUUAUUA